GCUUCACCUAGAAUUGAUUUCAAGCUUCAGAAUCACUUUCUCAAAACCCUGAACGUGCGUUUGCCACUGCGCCACCACUCACACAUUCUCUUCUCUCAACCUUAACCGGCGUCUCAUCUCUCAACCCCGGCGGUCGCAUUCUUUCUCCGGCUAGCGUCUAUCUCUCUCUUUGCUCCAUCACAAAAUCUCAUUCACAUUCACGGAUUAUGGAGGAAAAUGCAACACCACACGAUCAUGAAGAUCAAGAUGAAUUUGUUUUGCUUGACUUGGAUAGUGUUUAUGGCCUAAUUGAUAUUCCACCAAAUGCUAACUAUGUUCUUAGGGGUCUUGAUACUUUAAACCCAGUAUUGAUCAUUGAAGACAAAUUUAAGCUGAUUGGUGAAUACGAGGAGACAAUUGGAACAUGUAUCGCAUUUGAAGAAAAAGAUACACCAGUGGUUCAUCAAGAGACAGGACCAUCUGAAGCAAACUUAUUUUCUGGAAGAACACUAAUAGGUUCAAGUCAACCUCCAACAAAGCAAGUCAAACCUGUAUGUCAGCUUCAUAAGGUUCUCAAGUUUAAAUUAUCACCCGAUUCUGAAAUUCAAAGUCGCACUAUGGAGGAAGACAAUUGAACUUGAAAGCUGAUAUAAUACAGUUUUUCCUUAUUUUGUUGAUAAAUUUUUUGGUGGUGGGUGGUAACAUUUAUGUUCUAGGUAUAUAAAUAGUUUUUUUUUCUUUUUCCAAUAGGAGCUAUUUUGACUAUUUAAUGUUGAUAUUUACUAGGAUAGGAUAAUAGGUAGGAUACUUAAAUUAACCGGUUUGAUAGUUUAUCCGUUACCAUAUCCGGA